AGUGUGGGGGCCGUGAUGUUCUAUAAAGAGUUUUGGGAUCAGUAUGAAAAUAUAUCGUCACAGACGAACAAAGGCAUAGAAUUCCUUGAAAAAUAUUGCAGUUUCAUACAAGAUCGUCUGGCGAUAGAAAAAGAAUAUGCCACCAAAUUGCGACGCCUAGCGAAAAGCUACCAGCCCAAAAAGCGCGAGGAGGAAGACAACGAAUUUUCAUCCUGCCAAGCUUUCCGCAAUGUUUUAAAAGAAGUCAACGACUUAGCCGGCCAGCGUGAAGUAGUCGCCGAAUCAUUGGAGCAACGCAUAGUGCAAGGCAUACAAGUGCUCUCCAAAGCGUUACGAGAUGAACGAAAGCGAUGUCUCUAUGAAGGCACAACUCUACAACAGUCCCUCACCGCACAAUUGGGCGCUUUGGAUCGCGCCAAACGCAACUAUGAGAAAGCCUUCCGCGAGUCGGAAAAAGCUGUGGAGAAUCACAAGAAAGCCGAUAUGGAUCUGAAUCUGAGUCGAGCCGAAGUGGAACGCUAUAAGAAUAUAAUGACGGCGAAGAUACAACAAUCGGACGAUGCGAAAAACGAAUAUGCCAAUCAACUGCAGAAAACCAAUAAUCUACAAAGGCAGCACUACGGUGUCUCAUUGCCAACAGUUUUCAAUCGCCUACAAGAGUUGGAUGAGAAGCGCACAGCCGGCAUACGUGAGUUCAUCGUUGGCACAGCAGAGGUCGAAUCAUCGGUGGCGCCCAUCAUUGCACGGUGUAUGGAGGGCAUUGUCAAAGCGGGCGAGUCAAUAAACGAAAAGGAAGACUCCGCCAAAGUCAUAGAAAGAUAUCAAUCGGGCUUCACACCACCAACCGACAUACCCUUCGAUGAUCUGUCAAAACAUAAUCCCGAUUCACCGCUUGAUUCCCGUGUGCUUUCAAAUAAUUUCACCGUCAAGGGCACCAUCAGCAAAGGCGUUAAGAAACGCACAGCGAUCUUUAGCUUCUUCGGUAGCAAUAAGCCACAGAAGAUUUAUGAAGCCUGUAUCACCAUGAAGAACUCACUAACGGCGGACGGCCAAAAGGAAGACUUCAGCGAUUUACCACCGAGUCAACGGCGCAAGAAGCUACAAGCUAAAAUUGCCGACUUGCAGCAUAAACUGCAACAGGAGAUGGCCACACGUGAUGGUCUGAUGAAAAUGAAAAUGGUCUAUGAGUCGAAUUCAUCGCUGGGCAAUCCGAUGACAGUCGAAGGACAACUGAAUGAGUCCGAGCACAAAAUGGAAAAAUUACGCAUGGACUUGAAGAAGUUCCAAGGCUAUUUGGAGAGUGCGAAUCAAAUGCCACUGGCCAGUAAUAGUCCGCAAGCGAGUCGCAUACUCAUGCAAAAUGGACAUCGAACAUCGAGACAUUCCAAUGGCAGUGCCGAAGAUCACAACGAUGAUGGCGACGAUCAUGGUGAUGAUGGUGGCAGCUUAAGCAGGUCAGGUUCUGAGGAUAAUGUGGCGCAAAUACAAAAUGGGCAUAAUAAUAACAAUAACGGCAGUUCGGCUAGUCCCGAAAGCGGUUUGGGUACAUCGCACACCUCACUGCCGGGUUCAGGACAGGGUAGUGCGAACGAGAACGCCAUCGGCGAGGAUGACUAUGAUGGUGCGGAGAUCGAGGUGCUGCAGCCGUUGGGCACAUGUAGAGCGCUCUAUCCCUUCGAAGCGACCAGCGAAGGCAGCAUACCGAUGAUUGAGGGCGAGGAACUGCAAGUCAUUGAGAUCGAUCAGGGUGAUGGUUGGACGCGCGUGCGCCGUGCCAAUGCCGCGAACGGCUGGGAUGAGGGAUUUGUGCCGACUAGUUAUAUUGAAUGUACACUUCCCUACAUACAUUUGGUUGAGAGCAUGGCAUUCAUUUAUAAAAGCAACAAAGCUGCCGACUGCGCUGAGCCGAGCAGUUCCACGAGCAGCACACCGACUAUUGACUAUUUCGAGCAACAACACAGCAGUGUUGUUUAGCAAACUAUGUAAAUGUGUAUGUGUCCCAAAAACGUUUCGAUACCAAUAUGACCAAAUAUGAUUUGCCGACUUUGAGCGCAAGAGAGAGAGAGAGCGAGAGAGAGAUCGAGAGAGAGAGAGAAAAAAUGUAACUAAAGCGUGAAAUAACUAAUUAACAAGUAUUGUGAAUUGCUUUUCAUUAUGUAUUAUUAUUAUUAUUUUUUUCAUUUUAAAUUUUUGGUAAUGUUUAUAUAGAAGAAUAAUUAAAAAUAAUUUUAUAUGCUGUGAGAAAAACAAAUUACAGACAGUGAUACAACUCUAUUGUAAUUGUAUAAAUGCGAAAAAAAUAUAAAAAAAAUUGCAGAAAUGUGCAAAAAUGAAAAAAAAAACAGAGAAAAAUAUUAGUAAAAGAAUAUUUUUUAGGGGACAGUGUGGGCAAAUGGUUGACUUAAAGGCUGUUAUGCCUUAUUACUAGCGUGUGUUUUGUAAAUGCGUUUCCGUAGUUAAUAUGAAAUUGUAUUUUUAUUUUACUGCAUUUUUCACUACUCUACACAUACACAUACAACUGCAAUCACAUACAUAUUAUUAAUAUAUUAUAAAUAUAUAUGUAAAAGAAUUAGUGAGUGCAAUUCAGCAGCAAAAAUAUUUCAACAAAAUAUUGUAAAUUACUAUGGAAAACUAAGAAACAGCACUCUCUCAGCAGAUAAAAAAAUUAAAAAAAAAAAUAAAAUUAAUAAACUGAAUUAAAUUAAAAAAAUAAAUUAAAAAAUAUUGAAUAUAAAACUCAGCCUCUGCUAUGCACCAGCGACACAAUCAUACAACAAAAACUAUCUUAUGCUAAACAUUGCAAAUUAAUUAUUUGAAAAAUAUUAAAAAAAAAAAUACAUAACUUCAUACAUACCGUUAAAUAACGUAAACCAAGCACGUGGCAAGUCAAGAAAAUAAAAUGAAAUCAUCAAAUGUAUCAAUUAAUUGUAUUAUAAUAUUAAAAUGCUGCAAUUUAUUUAUACGCCGCUGCCAGCGUGCUAGGAAAGAAUGCAGUGAAAGCAAACAAAUUAUUUUUUAAAUAUUUUUUUUUUAAUAUUUUUUAUUUAAUUUUUGUUUUAAUAUUUUUCAAAUUUUUUUUAAAUAUUUUUUUUUUUUGUUUUUUUUUUUAAUUUUUAAAAUUUUUUUUUAAUAUUUUUUCUAUUUUUUUGUAAUUUUAUUUUCAAUUUUUUUUUUUAAUUUUUUUUAUAUAUUAUAAUUUUUCAUAUUUUUCGUUCAUAUAUUUUCCAUUUUCUCAUACGAUAAUAAUUGCCGUUAAAUCGCUCUUUAACCGCGCUGCUUGUUGCACGCAGCAGCAAGCUUUUGUACAGUUUCAUUUAGCGUUAAAUAAGUAAAUAUGUAAUAAUUACUAAGUAAAAUUAGCUUUUAAUUUGCGCCUUAUUUUUCGUAAUGAUAUAAAUAUACAUACAUAUAUGUAAAUGACUACAUAUAAAUGAGUAUAUAAGUGAGUUUAGUUUAAACAAAGCAAAAAAUAUGUUGUGAAAUAUUUAAAGAAAUAGAAAAAAAAAUAAAAAAUAAAA